AACCACAUCAUUAUUAUUAAAUAGAUAUCGACCAACGAUGAAUCAUACAAGAGCUUCAUUAUCUACAAUACCAGAUUCGAUCACGAAUCCUAAUAAUUCUAAUUCGAUUGGAACGAUGAUGAUGGGAAAUCCUGGGAUACGAAAAUUAGAUCAAAGGAGACCUACGUUAGAUGCAGUGAUGGCUACUACCACUACUACUAGUAACAAUUCAUUUCCUAGUAAUUCUCAUCCGAAUGGAAAUGGUGUGAAUGGGAGUGGGAAUUCGAAUUCGACAUCUAAUAUUUGUUCUUCUGCUUCUUCUUCUAAUCGUCAUAAUUUAUACCCUACUUUACCUAUUACUGUGAAUUAUCAUUAGAUUUGUUUUUUUUCUGUGAUCAAGAAAGAGUAUUUGAACCGAUUGAUUUUUCACAUGAAUAUAUUAUAUAUCUAUUUAUAUACAAAGAUACAUAUUUUAUAUUUAUAUAUAUAACAAGUAUUGUUCUUUUUUUAUUGUUCUUUUUUUUAUUUUUCUUUUUGACUUCAUUUUCUUUUUGGCUUUUGAUUUGUGGGUUUUUUUGAUUCAUCUUUUAUUUUUCUUUGUUUUUUGUAAACGUCUGUUUUAUUGUGGUUGGAGAUAGAUGUUGAAAUUAAAUAAAUGAAAAAGUUUAUUAUUU